UGAAAGAAAGACUCUGUGUUUGGCGCCACGUCAGCACACUUCUAACAGAAUCUGUUUCUCUGUGAUUUCUCAUCUCUUCUUCUUGUUGUUGUUGUUCAAUAAGAUCACAUCACAUUCUGCCCUAAUUCUUCUACUCGAUAACUUCUGUUAACUCAAUUCACUUCAACAACUUCUGUUCAUAUCCUCCAACCUUCUUCCGUACACUCAUGGCGUUUCCCUUCAUGGAAGCUGUAGUCGGGUUAGAGAUAUUGAUGUACAUCUUUGAGACAUAUCUGCAUCUGAGACAACAUGCUGCUCUCAAGCUGCGAACACUUCCUAAAACUCUGGUCGGGGUCAUUAGCCAGGAGACAUUUGAAAAAUAUCGAGCUUACAAUAUCGAUAAAAGUAACUUGCGCUUCGUGAAGCAGUUUGUAACAAUAAUAAUAGAUUCUGCUACUUUGCUCUUUGGUGUUCUGCCUAGGCUUUGGAAGGUGAAAUCAGGUGAUAUUGUGGAAUCCACUGGCCUUGAUGCAGAAAAUGAAAUAUACCAGACACUUGCAUUCCUAGCUUGUGUUAUGUAUUGGUCUCAGAUAACAAACUUGCCUUUUUCUCUCUACUCGACUUUUGUAAUUGAGGAGCGACAUGGUUUCAACAAGCAAACAUUUUGGCUGUUCAUUAGAGACAUGCUUAAGGGCAUGACCGUGGCUAUAGUACUAGGACCGCCCAUUGUAGCUGCCAUCAUUCUAAUAGUACAGAAAAGCGGUCCGUAUUUGGCUAUCUACCUUUGGGGGUUUAUAUUUGUUUUGUCUCUUUUCAUGAUGACAAUUUACCCAGUUUUAGUACCACCCCUUUAUAACAAACUCACACCUCUACCGCAAGGUGAGCUUAGGACAAAAAUCGAGACCCUUGCUUCCUCUCAAAAUUUCCCUUCGAAGAAGUUGUUUGUUGUUGAUGGCUCUACAUGGUCAACACAUAGCAAUGCAUACUUGUUUGGGUUCUCUAAAAACAAAUGUAUUGCUCUUUUCGAUACUUUGAUUCAGCAGUGCACAAAUGAGGAGGAAAUUGUUGCUGUGAUUGCUCAUGAACUCGGUCACUGGAAACUGAAUCACAAAAUAUACUCCUCCGUUGGUGUUCAGAUACUUAUACUUUUGCUGUUUGGAGGUUAUACACUUGUAAAGAACUCAAAUGAUCUAUUCACGAGUUUUGGAUUCGAUACUCAACCAGUACUCAUUGAGUUCAUAUUAUUUCAGUACACUAUAAUACCUGUCCAACAUCUUGUAAGCUUUGACCUCAACCUCGUAACACAUGCUUUUGAGUUUCAGGCUGAUGCUUUUGCAAAGAAGCUCGGUUAUGCUAAACCACUUCGAGAUGCACUAGUUAAAAUGCAGGUAGGAAACUUGUCAGAAAUGAACACAGAUCCCUGGUACUCUGUUUAUCACUAUUCUCACCCUACUCUGCUUGAAAGGUUAGCUGCUUUAGAUGAACCUCAUAACAAGGCAGAUUAACAACAUGAUGGAUGAUACACAAACAUUCAGACUAGUGAUUUAGCUACCAUAGAUAUUACCUUUUUACCCUUUGAAAAGCCAUAUAUUUCAGUUUUGGAUGAGAAUUAGGACCUGGAAAAUGCUUUUGAGGAAGUUGUACAGGGUAAGAAAUAUCAUGUAUAUUGUACACAUUUAGAGAACCUGUGAAUUUCACAUAUACCCCUUAAAACUUUUGAAAUAUCAUAUAUACCAAACCCAAUUUUAAAUA